GGGAGACGUCAAUCUUGGAGCGCUCCAGAAGGCUGGAUGGAGAGUGGGGCCGAGUGGGGACUUUGGCUUUGGCUGCGACGAAGGCGGUGGCGGCGAGGACGGCGGCUGCGGGCGUUUGGCCGAGUUCCUGAUAUUCAAGAUGAAUCUCGAAAAACUCAACAAAGCUGAAUUACUGACACUUUUUAGUAUCCUUGAAGGUGAAUUAGAAGCCAGAGAUCUUGUUAUAGAAGCUUUAAAGGCCCAACAUAGAGAUGCUUUUAUUGAAGAACGUUAUGGAAAAUACAACAUCAGUGAUCCAUUGAUGGCUCUUCAGAGAGAUUUUGAAGCACUGAAGGAAGAAAAUUAUGGUGAAAAGCAACCUGUUUGUGCCAAUCCUUUAUCCAUCUUGAAGGUAGUAAUGAAACAUUGCAAGAAUAUGCAGGAAAAAAUGUUGUCUCAACUGGCUGCUGCAGAGAGUAGACACAGAAAGGUAAUUCUGGAUCUUGAAGAAGAAAGGCAACGACACGCCCAAGAUACUGCUGAAGGCGAUGAUGUCACUUAUAUGCUGGAAAAAGAACGAGAACGGCUCACACAACAGUUGGAAUUUGAAAAAUCUCAGGUGAAGAAGUUCGAGAGGGAACAAAAAAAGUUGGCUAGUCAACUGGAGGAGGAGCGUGCACACCACAAGCAACUUUCUUCUAUGCUUGUGUUGGAAUGUAAGAAGGCCACAACUAAAGCUACAGAGGAAGGGCAAAAGCUUGGAGAGUUAAAUAUGAAGUUGGAAAAGGAAAGAAGCAAAGUAAACCAGUUAGAGGAGGAGCUAGCAGCCAAGAAGAAAAGAGGCUUGCAAAUGGAAGCACAAGUUGAAAAACAGUUAUCUGAGUUUGACAUUGAACGAGAGCAGUUGAAAGCCAAACUUAACCGGGAAGAAAACCGCACUAAAGUCCUAAAAGAAGAAAUAGAGGAUCUGAGAAAAACAUUACAACAAGUAGAAACUUCUUUGAAAACUGCCAGCAACAAAGUUGAGAGCACUUCCCCAUAUGUCUCAAUGGUGUCCACAGCAACUGUUACAGAAACCUCCUUAGGUAGGUCAGUGGCUUCUCAGACUAGUAAUCACUUGACAGAAAACAUGAACCAAGAGUCUUCAGUCAAAUUGGCACACACGUUACCACUGGCCGCAGCUCUCCAUCCCUAUGCCAAGGCAAACGGACAUUGUGACGCUGAUACACUAGCAGAUAUUGAGGCUUCUCAACCUGCAGUAGAGAAUCUACACAAGGGCAAGUCUGUUGGGCCAGCUGCUGAGAAUACUGCAGAAAGUAGCAUCUCCCCAGUAAGAACAGAGUCUCUUUCUACUUCAGUGCCACCACUCCCUUCCAAUGGAAUUUCCUUGUCUCCCAGCAAUACUGCUGCUUCUUCUCUGACAUCUUCGCCAUGCUCCUCCCCAGUCAUGACUAAGCGUCUACUGGGAACAUCAACCAGCAACCCAAGCUACCAAUCUUCCUACCAAGUGGGAAUCAAUCAGCGCUUCCAUGCUGCUCGUCACAAAUUCCAGUCUCAGGCAGAUCAAGAUCAUCAAUCAAGUGGUCUCCAAAGUCCACCAUCCAGAGAUUUGUCACCUACUUUUGCUGAUAAUUCUGCAGCAAAACAGCUUGCCCGCAAUACAGUCACUCAGGUUCUCUCCAGAUUCACCAAUCAACAGGGGCCUAUCAAACCAGUCUCCCCUAACAGUUCACCUUUUGGCACAGACUACCGAAAUCUCGCCAAUGCUAUGAGCCCCAAAAGUGAAACUAGCCCAGGUAAGGUCUCCGGUCCUUUAAGUCCCCUUUCACCUGGAAUUAAAUCACCCACUAUACCCAGAGCAGAAAGAGGAAAUCCUCCACCAAUUCCUCCAAAGAAACCUGGUCUGGCUCCUUCUCCAGUAACUGCCACGCCACCAGUGAAAACUUCAAAUCAGGCAUCUCUGGGUUCUCCUAUGGACAUGGCAACUAGUUGUUCAAGCAACGCUGUUGUAGCCAAUGGGAAAGAUAUUGAGAUUUUACUGCCAACCAAUAGCUAGUCUUAAAAAGAGUAAUAUUCCAGGUGUUUGCAAUUCCUAGAGCUGAAACUCAGUCUUAUUCACUCCAUGUUAUUUAUUUAUGUACUAACAGAAUCUUCUUGUAUUACACAUUUGUUUCUUUGUUUUAUACAGUGUAGAAAAUAAUACAACUUGUACAAUUUUUUGAACGCUCAGAGCCUCAAGGCAUCUCAUGGCAGCAGGGAAAUCAAACAAAAAGAGAAGCAGUUGUUCUGUUCCGGGAGCUGACCUAUGGACUAUGACAACAGAAUACUCAUUUUUAAAUUAUGCAGAAAAACACUCCAUGCAAACUUCUAUUCCUUUUCUAAGAAGUGCCUGAGCUAAAGCCUGCAGAUAUGAAUGUGAUUCUCUGUGAUACCAGUAGGCAUUAUCCAACUGUGGAAAAUAACAAUUUCUGAAUCAUGAAUGUUUGAAAUCAAUAUGGUUCUUAACCCUUUCCAAUAUAUUUAUUGGUAAUGUGUUAUGAAAUGUCCCAAAGGUGAACAUUAAACUGGUUUUCUCUGUUAUGAACAAAAUAAUAAUAAUGUAGCUGUUGUCAGAUGCACUUUGGCCUUGUUGCUAAAUUGUAUGCAACCCGUGUUUUUCCUAUGAUACAAACUUUGAAAAGAGUUGUUGGCUUUAAGCAACCAAGUUACCAGUCUUUACAAAAUAUUGUCCACUCCUUACAAGUUUCUCUCCAUAGAGCAAAAUAAGUAAAACUUUAAUAAGCAUUCUACUGUUGUGUGUAGAACUUCUGAGAGUAGGGCCUUUGCUGUUCCUUGAGAAAAAAAAUUAAAUACUACUUGAAAUCAGAAAAGACUAAUCAGGAUUUUCAGAUGUUUAUAUAUAAAAAAGGUGGGAUCAGUACUAAAAGAUCCAAAGCAAUAAGUAAAGAAUUGCUUAAUAUCAUUGUAAUUCAGGCAGGCAUAGGUCUCGCUAGAUAAGUUUUAUUGUCUUAGAGAAUUGCUCAUUUGGCAGCAAUAUGAAAACCAAAUUCUUAAGCUUUCAAAGAUGCAGUUUGUAUAGAGAGCUGUAUACAUAACUAGACACAACAUUUUUAAUCUUAAUAGUGAUCACAUUGACAUUAUUUAUACCUCAGAUCACUUGUACAAUUACUUUUAAGGCUUUAUGUAUUUGAGAAAGUCCAUUUUCCUAAGAAAAAUAAUAAACUGGGACCAAUAUAAGACUCAACAAGCAGUUUUCUUUGUAAUAAAUCUUCAGUAAUGCAAACUUUAGGGCAAACGUUUAUGCCUUGAUCAUGUCAGUGGGGCCAAUAUACUUAUAUAGCUGUUCAUGUUUGAAAUUGUUUCAGGAGUAUUUCAUUACUGGGAUAAUUCAGAUCAAGGUUAAUGAUAAACUAGGUGUCUUUAAUUUGACCUUAGGAAAAAUAUGUGAAUGCCUCAACAAACUCAGUGUGCACUAAUAAUAAGAAUCACAACAUAAUCUUUUGAAACUAUUGCAACUUGCUGCUUUGACAUUCAGUGAUCUGGUUUGGGAAACUCUUGAGUUGUGGGUGGUAUUGUGAAAUUUAGGAGCAAAUAUCUGGGUUUAGAUGGUGCUGGUUUUUUCAGGGCUUUUAAAACAAAUAAGGGCUGAAAUUGGUGCAUACUUCUUUUCCGGUCAUUGUCUCAUAUAUUUUGCCUUUUAAAAACAAAAAUAAGCCAAAAAAAUCUAGCCUCCAUCAAUUAUAAGUGCCACACAUCCAUUUGCCACCACAAAAUUGCCCAUUCCUGCAUCAGACCAAAGUUCUUCAUUACAAUUUUUUUUAAAAGCAUUACUUCAGGAUGCCGCUAUAUAGGAUAUAGACAUUGUUCUCCCCCCCACUUUUUUUUUUAAAAAAAUGGGAUUUCUAGAUUAUUGUAUUUUAACAGUGUCAAAUAUUUCUGAGGUUGCAUUAUAUUCCACAAUAUAUUGAUACAGGAAAUCAUACAAACCUAAUGCUAUCCUUCAUAUAUUAUGGUCUAUAUAAUUUUUUCUCUAGGUGUUUGGAUAUCGAUGCAUAGGAAACAACCCUGAUAAGCACAUAAACAAUUCAGUUUUAUAAUGCAACCAUUAUGGGGAAGGCUAUAAAACUGAACUCAAGUGUUUUGAUGGAAUUGUGUCUUACCUUAAAAGAGGUUAUUGUAGCAGCUCUUAAAAUAUUUCUAUAUGUUUACUAACUUGUAUCCUUUCUUUAUAACAUGACACUAUAGAGAUUUAUACACAGCAAUGAAUUUCAUUAGGAAAUGCACUGAGUACUAUAGUCCACAGAAAUAUUGGGGACAGUGUAGAAGGAAAUGUAUUUUGUUGCUAAUAGCCAAUAUCCUGAGAUUAAGCACAACUUAAUCCUCUAAGAUUUUGAGGGUUAAUAUUUCAGUUUUCUGUAUAGUUAAAAUAUGGAAUUGAAAUGUUUAAUAUUCUAUUGAUUGUGUAUUGAGAAGUGUCAUGGACUAAUUAGAUUUUAAUGAAGUUAAAACUGUAUAACCUAGUAUUAAUUGUUCAUUAACAUCUGUAUAUUUGUAAAGUCAAAUGUAUGAAACAGAAGUCUUUUUAUCAUUUUUAUAGAUGGCAGCAUUAAACAUGUUAAAUGUUCGUACUAUCAAUAAAGGGUUUUAUUUUUCUGCGGAGUGUUAUAUGCUAUAGUAUAGUUUAAAAGUCAAGUGGUUUGUGUUAACUAAUAGUAUGUAAACAUUUCACUGACAGCUGUGCCUAAAAUCAAUAAUUCAGGAAAAUACAUAAAUACAUCCAUUAAUUGGCAUUAUAAAGACAAUGGUUUUUAAAAGAAAUUAGGACUACAGAUUUAGUGCUGAUGAUGAUAUUUAAUGAUACUGAGAAAGGUCACCAUUUAAAACAUUGUUUUUAAGGGCUUUAUCAAUGGUCAGCUAUUCUAGGGCUUAUCAGUCUUUAUUACAGAACAAUAUUUUAACUGUUAAUAUGAUACCUAUCUUAACACUAUUGGGUUAAGAUCACAACCAUUCAUUUUUGCUCCAUUUUGUGAUUAAUAUAAGCUUUUCCCCUACAAUA